AAUAAGUAGCAGAAAACUAGGGAGAAAAGAGUAUAUGUCUUUUGUAUUUAUACCGUAGUAUUCACAGACUAUCGUCUCUAUCUACAAAACACGACCGAGCGCAGUGCACAGAACGCGGUGAGUAAAUCACGUGACUCUCUCCAAACUCUGUUCAGCAAACGGCACCUGCAGUCGCCCAAAGGCUCGCUCAGCCAAGAAAGGCGACGAGAUUUCAAAUAUCCCCGGUUCUUCCCCAUAUCAGCCUCCACCUCUGUUCAGCUCUGCUCAUUACUCCAGACAGCCUCUGCAGAGCCACAGAGUAACUGUCUACUCUGCCCUGCCCUGCCCAGCUGACUACUGCCGCCAGACAAUGGCGCGCGCACCCAACCAGAGAGCCCCCUCUGAUAGGCAGUACCCGCACUCCUUUGUAAACCCGGACGGCUCCCCCAUGAGCUCUCAGCGCAGCUCUGCCUCUCUGCGCCGGCGUCGCGCUGCUGUCCAGCUCGAAGACGACUCGACCACGACCAGCGGCAACGACGAGCUCAGCGACGGCGACGACGACGACGACGUAAGCGACGCCUUCGACCACACUGACGACGACGGCGGCCGUGGUAUCAGCAGCAGCGGUAACGGUCGUCUAGAAGCCAAUCUCGGGAGCAACGGCCAGAGACUUACGGCUGAUGAGCGCUUGAUUGUGAGGAAGCAGGAGCAGCGGUUCAGAACUUUUCUGGAGCGGCAAAAUCGCAUCUUGGCCGAGAACUCGGCGAGUCUUUUCGCUGACCUCUUGCCUAUGACAUCUCACGGCAUGCCGCCAAUACCUGGAUACUCUGAAUCAUACGACAACACAGCGCCCUCGGCCGCCAGCUACACCAACUACAACAACGACAGUCACGUCGGCACCACCACCAACAUCAACAUCAACAACAUCAACAACUCACAUUCAGCCUCAGCCACAAACACCGCUGUUCCGUCGAGAAUGGCCAGUCCGAAACCAGUCGUCAGCGAGCGCAAUUUGAAAGGCCUCAUCAGUCCUGCGCAAAACGUUGCGCAUAUGGUCUGCAAGGCUCUCUCUCUACCUCCAAGCUUAUACGGCGUCUGGAUCUGUCUUCAUGAAACAUGGAAGCUCAAAUCCUCUCCUGAUUUUUCGUCGAUGGGACUUGAGCUCCUACUCGCUGCGCUUUGGGGCGGAGUAUCUGCAUAUCUGUCAUUCGCCUUCAUCGAUGGCUUGAUGCUUAGAUGGCUCGUAAUGUACUCCUCCCCCGCAACAAUCGUGCGCCUGCUCUCGAUCAACGCACUGAUGACCGCCCUCAUCAAAAUCAUCCUCGACUUCUUCGCCCGCGACCCCGCAAACCUGCUCGCGACCUGGAUCCUCAUCGCCUGCGUCCUCACCGCCGCGUACGCGAUCCAGAACUUUGUCACCAGCAACAUCGCAAUCGAACCGCGCGCGCGCAGAGUCGAUCUCUACAACAUCGCCGUCUUUGCUGUCGUGCCGGUUGGCUUUGCGAGCUUUAUCACCAUGAUUGGCUUGAUUCGCAGUUUAGUCGUUGUGCGGGCGCAGCAGUGAUCUUUGUUCUACUAUUUUGUGUUAUAUUUUUGGCAGUUGCAUCUUGGAGUUAUCUGGCGUUCUAUUGUUUGUCCUGUAAAUAGAGCUCGACAAUCACUUACUAAUCCAUCACAUAACCACAUCCAAGUCACGUGGAUAGAAGCCACCGCGAACGCGUAGAAGGUUCUGGUACCGUGGCUUGAAUGUGCCUGCGCCACAGGGGCUGUGCACGUGAUGAGGUCAUCCGGCGACAAUCGCGUUAUUCGGGCCCGCCUUAAAUCAGAAACCAUCGCCAGCUGCUCU